AUGAGUUUAUUUGGUGGACCGAAACUAGGAACUACUUCAGCUACCACUUUUGGUACUUCAAUUUCUACACCAGCUUUUAGCUUUGGAACUGCUACUUCAGGCACAGCCAAUAAACCAUUAUUUGGCUCCACGACGACCGCACAGCCGCCUUUGUUUGGGACUCCGACAGCAACUUCUACUUUUGCGCAAUCUGGAGGAUUAUUCAGCUCGAAACCUGGAACAACAACUUCAACAAGUCUGUUGUCAUCCGGGAUGAAGCCUGCUGGCUUGCCAGGCACAUCAACCACAUCAACUGCACAGGCUUCACAAAUUUCAACAGUACAGGAUUUGAUACAAAACUCAGAAUGCCUCAUUAGGUCGUUGACAUCGCCAGAUCUUUUUGGUGAUGAAAGAGAUGGUAUUGUUGCGAAAUUAAAUCAGCUUCUGUCUGCAUGCGGAAUUGGUAAUGGAUUUUAUAAAGGUGACCAACAACCUAUUUCCUACACUACAGAAAAUCCUUUUUACCUGUUUAAAGCGAUUGGUUAUAGUAGAAGAAGUGAUUAUAGUGAUAGCGAUGGUAUUGUAGCUCUAACUCUAGGAAUUAAUUAUGAGCAGCUUUCAAAAGCUACUCAGCGACAAAAAUUCAUAGAUUCGAUGAAUCUUAUACUUGGGAAUAAUACAAAUGUCCGAGCGCAUAUCGAACUUAUUCGUCCACUUCCAGAUGAUCAGACUGAAGUUUUAUUAUAUGUGACGGAGAAAGGCAAUGGCAGGUUAAGUAGCAAAGAAUUGUGUGCUUUCUUAAAACAACCUGCACAAGAUACGCAAUUGAAGAACCAGCUUUGUGUUGUGAAUGUUUUAUCGCGUACUGUGAUGGAUGAUGUAAAAAAGCGUGCUUUCAUCAAAAAUCCUCCAGCUGGAUUUGAUUCACAAAUUUGGCAACAAGCUGUUCGAGAAAAUCCGGAUCCUGAUAAAUUGCUUCCGUACCCAAUUCGAGGGUUUGAACAGUUACGUAAAAGACAAGAAUUGCAGGCAGCAGAGAUACGUCUUGAGGAACGUGUUGUUGAAGAACUGAAGCAAAGACUUGCUCAAAUAAAUAGUAAAUUAAUAGCAGGACAGAAUCAAUGUUCAUAUCAACGGCAAAGACACAAAGAAUUGUCGAAUCGUUUGUUACGUUGUUUAGCAAUGCAAUCUCUCCUUCAGCAGUAUACAAUUAGCAUAGAUAGCGCCGAAGAGAAACUCGAAGCACGUCUUGAAGCAUUGAAUGCAUCUCUUAUAGCACCCGACCAAAUCAAGAGUCGAAUUAAUGAUUUAUUAACCAUUUUGCGUGGCGAAGGAGAAAAUCUGAAAACAGCAAAUGAGACGAAACUGAAAUUAACUGAAAGCGAUGUGACGCAAAUUAAAAGAUACUUAUAUCGAGCUCAGGAGGCACUUGAAAUAGUUGUUGAUGCUGUACAUGAAAGUACUGAUACUCUCGACAUUAUAGAAGCACAUCUGAAAUAA